AAGCAUGUCGGGACCAGCCCGAGAGCCUCCCGGCAGCCUGUGCGACGGGCGUGGUGCGUAAGUAGCUGACCAGCCGUGGCCGUUCUCCGUAAGAUGGCGGACCGGCGGCGGCAGCGCGCUUCGCAGGACACGGAGGACGAAGAGUCUGGUGCUUCGGGCUCCGACAGCGGCUCCCCGGCGCGGGGCGGCGGUAGCUUCAGCGGGAGCGGUGGCGGUGGCGGCAGUGGCUCGCUGCCUUUUCAGCGUGGCGGCCGCGCAGGGGGCCUUCAUCUGCGGCGGGUGGAGAGCGGGGGCGCCAAGAGCGCCGAGGAGUCGGAGUGUGAAAGUGAAGAUGGCAUGGAAGGCGAUGCCGUUCUUUCGGAUUAUGAAAGUGCAGAAGAUUCAGAAGGUGAAGAAGAAUACAGUGAAGAGGAAAACUCUAAAGUAGAACUGAAAUCAGAAGCUAAUGAUGCUGCUAAUUCUUCAGCAAAAGAAGAGAAGGGAGAAGAAAAGCCUGAGACCAAAGGCACUGUGACUGGAGAGAGGCAGAGUGGGGACGGGCAGGAGAGCACAGAGCCUGUGGAGAACAAAGUGGGUAAAAAAGGCCCUAAACAUUUGGAUGAUGAUGAAGAUCGAAAAAAUCCAGCAUACAUACCCCGGAAAGGCCUCUUCUUUGAGCAUGAUCUUAGAGGACAAACUCAGGAGGAGGAAGUCAGACCCAAGGGGCGACAGCGGAAGCUAUGGAAGGAUGAGGGUCGCUGGGAGCAUGAUAAGUUCCGUGAAGAUGAGCAGGCCCCAAAGUCUCGACAGGAGCUCAUUGCUCUUUAUGGCUAUGACAUCCGCUCAGCUCACAAUCCUGAUGACAUCAAACCCCGAAGAAUUCGGAAACCUCGAUUUGGAAGUCCUCCACAAAGAGAUCCAAACUGGAUUGGUGAGCGAUCAAACAAGUCCUAUCGCCACCAGGGUCCUGGGGGCACUCUACCACCAAGGACAUUUAUUAACAGGAAUGCAGCGGGUACUGGCCGCAUGUCUGCACCCAGGAAUUAUUCUCGAUCUGCGGGAUUCAAGGAAGGCCGUACUGGUUUUAGGCCUACAGAGGCUGGUGGGCAGCAUGGUGGCCGGUCUGGUGAGACCAUUAAGCAUGAGGCUAAUUACCGGUCACGGCGCCUGGAGCAGACUCCUAUGAGGGAUCCAUCUCCAGACCCAGAUGCUCCAGUGCUUGGCAGUCCUGAGAAAGAGGAGGCAACCUCAGAGACACCAGCUGCUGCUCCUGACAUUGCACCACCAGCCCCUGACAGGCCUAUUGAGAAGAAAUCCUAUUCUCGGGCAAGAAGAACCCGGACCAAAGUUGGGGAUGCAGUCAAGGUUGCUGAGGAGGUGCCCCCUCCACCAGAAGGACUCACUUCAGUGCCUGCAGUCCCAGAAACUACUACUCCAACUACUAAGACCGGGAACUGGGAGACUCCAGUAGAUUCUGCUGCAGGUGGACUUGAGCAAGAUGUAGCACAGCUAAAUAUAGCAGAACAGAAUUGGAGUCCGGGACAGCCUUCGUUCCCACAACCACGGGAACUUCGAGGCAUAUCCAACCACAUCCAUGUUGGAGCAGGACCUCCACCUCAGUUUAACCGGAUGGAAGAAAUGGGUGUCCAGAGUGGUCGAGCCAAACGUUAUUCAUCCCAGCGGCAGAGACCUGUGCCCGAGCCCCCUGCUCCUCCUGUGCAUAUCAGUAUCAUGGAGGGGCAUUACUAUGAUCCAUUGCAGUUCCAGGGACCAAUCUAUACCCAUGGUGACAGCCCUGCCCCACUGCCUCCACAGGGCAUGAUUGUACAACCAGAAAUGCACCUUCCCCACCCAGGUUUACAUCCCCACCAGUCACCAGCACCUCUGCCCAGUCCAGGCCUCUACCCCCCACCAGUGUCCAUGUCUCCAGGACAGCCACCACCUCAGCAAUUGCUUGCUCCUACUUACUUUUCUGGUCCAGGCGUCAUGAAUUUUGGUAAUCCCAGUUACCCUUAUGCUCCAGGAGCACUGCCUCCUCCACCACCUCCUCAUCUGUAUCCUAAUGCACAGGCCCCAUCACAGGUAUAUGGAGGAGUGACCUACUAUAACCCUGCCCAGCAGCAGGUACAGCAAAAACCCUCCCCACCUCGGAGGACUCCCCAUCCAGUCACCAUCAAGCCCCCUCCAGCUGAGGUUGUAAGCAGAGGUUCCAGUUAAUAUGAGUUUUCGAAUCUUUUAAGUGUAACAUCAUUUAACAGGAGAGGUGAGAACUCAGGAGAGAAGAGAGAUACAACUGUCUGUCUACUACCCAGGAGGCUUCAAAGAUGACGGGUGGCCCUCCCAGCAAGCAGCUGAAAGAGGAGAAGGGACCCUCUUCCUCUGAGGACAGGUCUGCUGGAGAGAGAAAAAACAAGUGGCUUCCUUCCUUCCACCUCCACUCUUUACUUGAGCUGGCUGAGCUCAGGGGAACAGAGACUGGAAACUCCAGAUUUCUGAGUCUAGAUUCAGAAGCCUGCAUUUUGUUCUGUUUUUUGUUGUUGUUAACUUUCUCCCAGAAAAUUCAAGUGUCUUCUGCUCCCAGGGAAGCUCCUUCCUGUUUGAAUGUUCACUUUUAAAGCCUGACUUACCCUUCUCAGAUUAAUGUUCUUAGUUUUUUUUUCUCCUUUUCUCUGCCCCUCCCCUUUACAUGAAACAAGUUCAUUCUGGUGUACUAGACUCUGGAUUCCAUUUUGACUCUUCCCUGAAUCCCAAAUAACAGAAUAGAUCAAGUGUAAAAAUACCUAGUUUCUCACUUUUGAUUGACCUUUAUUUUCGUAACUCCUAACCCUGUGGAAGGAAGUGAAGCUAUCUACACACAGUAUCCUAGAGAAAAGCAGAGUGGGUGAGUAGGAGCCCUUAUUUUGGUAUAGGUUUAGAAGUCUGGAUCUCCAGUACCUAUACUCUGGUGAGCUUCAAUUCUCUACCAAGGCAGACUCUGUGGGAGAGAUGACAAACUGGAUGCUUUUGUGAGAAGGGAGGGUAGAGUGAGAGCCUCUGUACCAUUAGGGGAAUGCAUUGCAGAGUCUUUGAGGUCAGUGGAUUAGUGGGCCUUGCUUCUUUUCUUUCCAUCCCUCCUGUACAUCCCUUCCCAGUUGCUGUGGACCAAUGCAUCUCUGGAGGCAAAUACUAUCUACAAGCCAUCUGCCUUGUCUUUGCAGUUGUUCUCAUGACUUUCCUCCUACAAGUGUUUUUAGAUGUUGCUACCUUAUUGUCCCCAAAUUCUACUCCUGUUCUUGCAAACAGAAGAUAACUUUAUGUACCCGGGCUUAAAGUUCUAAGGAAGCAAGUCACCUUCUGGGCAAGGGCUGUCCCUCCUAUCCUUCCUCUCCAUGGCACCAACCACAUACCUAUGCCUCUCUGGAAAUUCUAGUUACUGCAGCACUGUCUACUAGGGUUCCUACAGAACCUGAGGGAGAAGGUGAUGGCUGUCUUUUCCUAGUAAUGUCACUGUUAUUCCUUCCCUCCUACAGCUGGCCUAAGCACUCUGAGUCAAGGUGUGGGGAUGGGGGAGGCACUUAUUCUGUGACACCCCCCCCCCGGAGGA